AUGCACGCGAUGGGGCUGCACUCGGCUCUGGCCAUCAAGCGGCAGCGCAAGCGGCGCGAGGAGCAGCGGCGGGCGCGCGAGCGCCGCUUCAGUACGCAGAGCACCGAGUCGGGCCUCACGUCGCCGCACAACAGCAUCGCCAGCCUGGACCGGCAGCGCGGCGCGCGCCGCACCGCCGCCCACUCCAAGGCCACCGGCGACGCCGUCGGCUCCAAGGUGGUGACCAGCGUGGGCAUGAUGCACAUCGGCGUCGUGUUCCUGGUGCUGGGCGCCUUCCUGCUGGUGUCGGGGCUGCUGCCCACCGACCUCACCUCCUGGAGCACGCUGCCCGGCGGCGCCUGGUUCAACGAGCUGUCUAUCACGGGCGCUUUCGCCCUCUUCAUCGGCGUCUUCCUCGUGGUGCUGAACCGCAUCAUCUCGAAGCGCGAGGAGGACGUGCUGAACGAGUACGUGCAGCGGCAGCUGACGCGCUCGCGCUCGGGCCACCGGCUGGUGCGCGACGUGGAGACGGGCUGCCUGACGACGCGCGCGCAGCAGCGGCCACGCACCACCGAAGAGUCGGCCGCGUCGACGCCGGACCCCGAGGCGGUGGAGCCCGCGCCGCUGCACCUGCCGGCGGGCGGCGGCCUGCUGGAGCAGAUCGCCGAGGAGGAGCCGCUGCCCGCGCUCGCGCCCUACUGCGAGAAGGGCGAGGACGAGGCGCGCGGCCGCCACGGCAAGGACGUCUGCUCCAACGGCUCCACCACCGGCGGCAGCCUCAGCCCCGGGUCGCCGUCCGAGACGCAGGAGCUGCUUUCGGCGCGCGCGCGCUUCCUCAACAUCUGCAAAAGACUGUCAGUGCCACAACAACAAGAAAAUAAUGACUGUUACUGGUUGCUGGUGGUGCUGCUGUAA